AUGGCGGAGUGGAUACCUGCAAUUGUAGCGACGGUGUUGUUCGUGGUUCUGACGCCGGGGUUGCUGUUUCAGGUUCCCGGCAACAAUAACUUUGUAGACUUUGGGAAAAUGGAGACGAGCGGAUACUCAAUCCUUCUUCACUCCUUCAUUUACUUCGGCCUCGUCGCGGUCUUCACCGUCGUCAUUCACUUUCCUGGCACUUAA